AUGUGCAAACCGCGGCAGGACAGUCAAAAACCAUUCCGCAUAACGACCGGCGUGCAUCAGAGAUCGGUCCUCUCUCCUCUACUCUUCAUCACAGUCAUGGAUGCAGUGACGGCGGGUCUCAAACGACAGUCUCCAUGGGCUCUCCUGUAUGCAGACGAUGUGGUGUUAAAACAGAAAACAGAAAAGAACUUUGAGAAGAAACAAGGAGAUGGAAGGACCGAUUAG